AGUCUUGAAACAACCGUCAACGCGCCCGCACGCCUCGGGUUCACAUAUCGCGUUCACCACUCGCAAUUAUAAGAACAAUGAACAAACGUCACUAGGAGAAUAGUUUUUUCUUGCAGUUUCUCAUUGUUUGUAAUAUAAACAUUAUAUAUGAAAACUUAACAGGAUACGAAACAAAGCCGAUAAGAUGCGGGUGUGAUGACUCAGGCGAGAGAAACACUCGGCGUAAUGGACGGCAACCCACCUACUUGCGACUUCUCUACGAAGACUAAGAGGGGAGUAUACCUCUCCAAGAGUCUCGCGUUCGUCAUCCUCAUCAUUUUUGCUUUAGCGUUGGUCGCAACUUCCUUUCUAGUGUAUAAUUUUGCCGCAUGUCCUAGAACGGAUCAGCUGGCAAACGUCACAAAAUAUGAACUUACCCAUUGUGACCAAAAUAAAUUUUUAGUCUUGCCCCUUACCACUGAAACCAGCAAAAUUGUCAUCCCCUUAGAGACUACAACAGUUUUAGCGACAACUGAAGAGACAGAAAUCACCGUUACAGAUGUACGCCUCCCGACAAAUAUAAAACCUGAAAGGUAUCAUUUGAAACUCACUCCUUAUAUAUAUGAAGGAAAUUUUACAUUCGACGGUGUAGUCAGUGUUGUGGUGACAGUGAAAAAUGACACUAAAGAAGUGAAAUUCCAUGGUGUUGAAUUGACUUUCCACAGUAUAAAGCUUUUUGAGAAAGGUGAUGGCAGAGAAAUAAUUAUUUCGAGAAGAACGGAAGAUGUACCAAGGCAGUUCCAUAUAUUGACAUUGGAAGAAUCGUUGAAGGCCGGCAAGCAGUAUGUGUUGAAUAUAACGUAUACGGGAAUCUUGAAUGACAACCUUCAUGGUUUCUACAGAAGCUCUUACGAGGAGAAAAAUAUUACGAGAUGGAUAGCUGUAACCCAGUUCCAAGCGACCGACGCCCGGCGAGCAUUCCCGUGCUGGGAUGAACCGGCUUUGAAGGCCAAAUUCACAAUCAGCAUAGCAAGACCUUCCAACAUGAGCUCAGUCUCUAAUAUGAACGUCAUCAGUAAAGAGAAACACCCAACUCUUCCAAACUACAAAUGGGAUCAUUAUGCAGAAUCUUUACCAAUGUCUACGUAUCUGGUGGCAUUUGCUGUAACAGACUUUGGCAGCAUCAGCGAUCAGAAUUUCACUGUAUGGGCCAGAAAGGAAGCUCUCUCGUCUGCUAAAUAUGCCCUUAAUAUUGGUCCAAAAAUACUUAAAUUCUUGGAAGAAUAUUACAAGAUAAAGUUUCCGCUACCGAAAAUAGACAUGAUCGCUCUACCUGACUUCAAGGCUGGUGCGAUGGAGAAUUGGGGACUACUUACCUUCAGAGAACUAGCAAUGUUGUAUGAUAGCGGAGUAUAUCCGACAACAGCAAAGGCGCGCGUCGCAGCAGUAGUUGCUCACGAGAUAGCCCACCAGUGGUUUGGCAAUCUAGUUACCCCUGCUUGGUGGUCAGACAUAUGGCUGAAUGAGGGAUUCGCCAGCUAUGUGGAGUAUGUCGCUGUUGAUGCCGUUGAAGAAACUUGGGAAUCUAUGGAGGUAUUCGUUUUAAAUGAAGUCCAGAGCGUAUUCAAAUUAGAUGCCCUUACUUCUUCGCAUCAGAUCUCUGUGGAGGUCGGUAAUCCCGAGGAGAUUGGUGCCAUAUUUGACAAGAUAUCCUACGGAAAAGGCUCAGCGAUUCUCCGAAUGAUGAACCAUUUUCUUACUGAUGAUGUAUUUAACGCUGGUAUUACCGACUAUCUCAACGCUAAGAAGUUUGGUGACGCUGAACAGAGAGACUUAUGGAGUGCCCUCACCAACGCUGCUCAUCAGAGAGGGGUCUUAGAUGCUGAUGUAGCCAUAAUAAUGGACUCUUGGACUCUACAAACUGGAUUCCCUGUACUCACCAUAAACAGGGAUUAUAACACAGGAGUUAUAUCGUUCAAACAGGAGCGGUUCGUCCUUAUAAACAAUACUUCUGGAAAUGAGACGUCACCUGUUUGGUGGAUACCAGUGUCUUACACUACAGCAGCGGAAAAGAAUUUCAAAUCAACAAGUCCGAAACUAUGGUUGCGGGGUGAGAAGUCCAUCGAAGUGAACGACAUUUCUAUAGCCAAGAAUGAGUGGUUUAUAGCAAACAUUCAGCAAACAGGUUUUUAUCGUAUAAAUUACGAUGAAACUAACUGGAGACUGCUGGUAGACGUCUUGAAUAAUCCAAAGAGGUUCCAAGAAAUCCAUCCCAUUAAUCGUGCCCAGAUAGUGGAUGAUGCGAUGAACCUGGCUCUAACUGGUAGAUUGGAUUACAGAACAGCUCUCGACAUUACCAGUUACCUAGUCCAUGAGAGGAGUUACGUGCCUUGGAAGGCUGGUCUUAUGGCUCUUGGUUACAUUGACACGAUGCUCUCAAAAGGAGCCUAUUAUUUGGAAUAUAAGCGUUAUGUUUUACGACUUCUGGAUGGAGCUGUAAAAGAUCUCGGCUGGGAAGUGCCUGCUAAUGAGAAUGUUGUGAGGGCUCAGCAACGGGCCGACUUACUGUCCACGGCGUGUCACCUGGAACAAUUGGAUUGUCUGGGCCAAGCUGUCAGAAUGUAUACUAACUGGAUGCUGACACCGAACCCGGAUGCCUAUAAUGAAAUUCAUCCUGAUAUCCGAAGCACAGUAUACUGCGUAGGUGUCCAGGCAGGCGGUGAGAGAGAGUGGCGUUUUGCAUGGGAACGUUUUCGUAUCGCAAGUGCACCAGCCGAACGGGAACUGCUGCUGACUGUUCUCGGUUGUACUAGGUCACCAUAUCUUCUGUACAGAUACCUGGAGUUGUCUUUAAGAAACGACAGUGGUAUUCGCAAGCAAGACACUGUGAGGGUAUUCUCGUCCGUCGCUGGCUCAGCGAUUGGCCAACCAAUUGCUCUAAACUUCGUCCGAGCUAACUGGAAAAGAAUGAAAGAAUAUGUCGGCUCUAUAUCCACUUUGAAUACAAUCGUGAAGGUCGUGACACGACGGCUGAAUCAACCUCAUGAACUUGAAGAGCUCAAGAGGUUUAUAUCGGAAUCGUGCUCGGAACUAGGCAGACCGGUACUACAAGUUCUAGAGCGGACAGCUGCCAAUGUUCAUUGGAUGGAAAACAAUUAUCAAACAAUUGUAGAUUGGUUGUUAGCAGCUGAUAACGGCACGAGGACAUGGUGACGACCUAAUAGGAACACUCGUACCACGAACUAGAAUAGUACAAAAUAUCCGCAUAGAACUCGAUGUAAUAAUACACGUUAGUUUGUGGCGUAUAUUUGCUGCCACGUAAAUUAGUGGAAAAAUAAAGAAGUGUGUUUAUGUUAAUUGAGAAUGGUUGUAAUGAUGGGAAAAGUAUAGACAAUGAGUCACCUAUUCGUCAUACGAGAAUUUUCGCAUUUAGCGUAAAUAUGCCACUAGCUAUAGUGUGUUACCGUUACUUAUUUCAUUCUGUUGUAAACGACCCUUUAUUUUAUUUUUCAGAAGAUUUUGUUUAUUUGAAAUAUACCGUUAUAUCAAUAGACUGAUUGCUACAAGUUCGGUCUAAAAAUCUAAAGAGACUUCUGAGAGUUUAAGAAUAUCAAGCACUCUGCAAAGACAUUUUUCGAGUGAGACUAUAAACUUAGUCAAAAAACAAAAUUAGACACUAUCCUUUCAAAGGACCAAAUAGUCUGUUUCCGCAGAGACAGCCAAAGAUUAUGAAUAAGAAAAAAAUAUUUAAAUUUAC